AUGAUGUAUGGGGAUCGGCUUCGCCAGGAGAAUGAUGCUAUUGUUUUGGCGGACCUCCCUGUUCCUGGGCGCGAACUCGCUGGAGUCCAUUUUGAUAUGGAGUUUCUUCACGCCAAUACUAAAAGCUUGCUUGAUAGCAAUCAUCAGGACGGUAAAUACAUCUCUGCAAAGGGCAAGAAGGUAGUGGUAAUUGGUGGAGGUGACACCGGCACAGAUUGUAUUGGGACAUCUAUCCGUCACAGUUGCAAUAGUAUUGUUAAUUUAGAGCUUCUCCCUGAGCCGCCACGAACCAGGGCUCCUGGCAACCCUUGGCCACAGUGGCCUCGCAUAUUCCGCAUAGAUUAUGGACACCAGGAAGCUGCUGCCAAAUUUGGCAAAGACCCAAAGUCCUAUGAGGUAUUGACUAAGCGGUUUGUUGGAGAUGAGAAUGGGGUUGUGAAAGGAUUGGAAGUGGUCCAUGUCCACUGGGAGAAGGAUGCUAGGGGGAAGUUUCAAUUUAAGGAAGUUGAGGGCUCUGAGGAGAUGAUUGAGGCUGAUCUAGUUCUUUUAGCAAUGGGUUUCCUUGGUCCUGAAUCGGUUAGUAUUCUGAACUACUAUCAUAUAAUGGAUGAUAUCUCUGGGGUGAACUACUUUGAAACUCGAAAAGUUACGGGAUGGCUUGAAGAUUUGCUGUCAAAUUUCUGCACUCUAAAAUAUUGA